AACAAUCGACGGUGUCUCGACCUUGUGGAAGGAAUACCGGCACUCGCCGAAUAGAACCAACAUUUUGCUGGAGCCGUUUUUCCUUCCUCACUAUCGGCCGACAAGGGCAUCCUGAGGCAGGCGAGACACGCAGCGCACAUGCAGUUUCUGCGUGAAUCAGGCAGCAUGUGACGCUGGAAAAACGUGAGUGUGCCAGCACGCCACAACUGACGAAAACCGAAUUACUGCGGACUGCCUUCUGCAUCUCUUUACCAUCCGGCUAACAAGUUUUUCGAUAAACCAUUUCUCUUUGUGGUGUGUUAGCGAUAACAGCCGCAUAACGUCGUAAGAUAUGCUGAGAGACAAGCUACGGUCCGUCCGUGUGCAAUGGAGACAAAAAAUGGCGUCUUCGUUUCGAUUCUUUUUCGGCUAACCUCUCCGGUAACUCGGCUCAAGGUUUGCCAAGAAGGGCGAUAAUUUGGUCCUGGUCUUGGCACCUACGAACUGUGAAAGAGAAGCAGGGUGUCCGGCGGCUCUUCGCCAGGAUGCAGACCUCUUUCUCUGUUUCUGCAAACUCGGCCGCUCAUUUUCAUGGCUGUCCGCCACUUACUGGGAGCGUCACUUAUGAAUCAGCCUGUUGACGUCCAUUCCUCUUGCCUAUAUCAAUCUUGUGACGCCCUUUAAGUGUUUUUCUGCCGCGGCAAGCGUUCUGACGGCUCUUCCUCUGCUUCUACGGCUAUCUCAAAUGGAAUCCGAAGAAGGAAGCCCGUUGGGCGGUAGUCAGAAGGCUGCCCUGGAAGAGACAAACACGGAGAUAAAGGGUGAGGCGACGACAGGGACAACGCAACUCUCCAGAAAUGAGGCCCUCAGCAGCAGAUAUAUUGCCUAUCUGCGAAGCAUAAAGGACAACUGGUCGUCCUGCCAUGCCGCUCGACUCUUAACUCCUGCGCUUCUAAAGUACAUACAUCAGCGAUUCAUCAUGCUGUCCACCCCCCUCAAGGUCCGCGUCUUGACUUCUUUCCUUUACCUCCGCCCAGCACUGCGGGAAGCUAGCAAAGAUGUCUUGACGGAAAUCCUGAAGGAGGCUGAGACCGACCCUAACGAAUGGGUCAAGAAACUGAGUCGAAUUCUGGUCCCGUAUAUCUCCAGCGGACGCGUCGACUUGCGGGAAACGGAUACAGAGACGGCGUUCAGAAUCAUCAGCUUUCUCGACGAACAACAAGAUCUUCACCCGGAAGAAGGCCCGUACCGCCGAAAAGGAGGUCUCGAAGAGCAGCACAUGUGCAACCCGGAGGUGGAGUUUCCAAGCGCAGAAGCAGCAACUUUAGCUGCUUCCCGAACUGCGCAUUUGCCACCCCACGAACAGAUUCAGGCCCAGCUGGACAUCUCGCUCUCUACGACACUCGAGAUGAAUUUGUUCACCCCCAGGGAGAAUUUCGACGACUUGAUGAGAAUGACUGUCAGGCGCGGCAGCCAACAGCUGAGACGGGCGGCGGAGACGCAGCAGCAGCGCGCAGCUGCCGCGUCGCUGCGGAGGCCCGGGAGCAGGACAGGGAGAGCCGAGCUCGGCUGCCGGUGA